AUGUUGAGUGGGGAUGAUAGUUAUGUUGGAUUGGAUAGUUAUGUGGGAUUGGAUUCGUCAUCUAUGGUAAAAGAUGCUGAAGAUUCUGAUUUAAGUAAACCUUUUUAUAGUUCGGUUUAUAAGGAUACGUUCCACCGGAAAUUAGACGAUAAUCAAAACCAAAAUGCUCCGAUGAUGCCUAGUAAGGAACCUUUGGAAGAAGAAAAAGGAGCAGGGUCUAAAACUAUAAAGCCACUUCAGUAUCGUUAUGGUCGAAUAACAGGAAAAAUUAUGAGGCGAAGGAAUGCAACUAUGAAUUUAUCACUGCUUGAGAGAAUGGCUGAUGAGGCUUGGCUACUUGGGUUAAAGGCAUGGAAGGAAGUGGAGAAGUAUGAUGGGAAGGAGACCGGACAGAGUUCUUUAUAUGAGGGGAAGAUUGAUUCGUGUCCUUUGUGGGUGUCCAUGAGUGGAGAUGAGUUGGCUGGAGGGGAAAAGAUGAUGUUUCUUCCAUGUGGUUUAGCUGCAGGGUCUUCUAUAACCAUUGUGGGAACACCCCAUCAUGCACAUCAGGAGUAUGUACCCCAGCUUGCGAGGUUGAGGAGUGGUGAUGGUAUUGUUAUGGUUUCACAGUUCAUGAUUGAGCUGCAGGGGUUGAAGUCAGUGGAGGGAGAGGAUCCACCAAAAAUUCUACAUUUAAAUCCUCGAUUGAGGGGAGAUUGGAGUCGGCAUCCAGUCAUUGAGCAUAAUACCUGCUAUAGGAUGCAAUGGGGGACAGCUCAAAGAUGUGAUGGUUUGCCAUCCAAGAAAGAUGAGGACAUGUUGGUUGAUGGACAUGUAAGAUGUGAGAAAUGGAUGCGUAAUGAUAACGUAGAUUCAAAAGAGUCCAAGACGACCUCAUGGUUUAACAGAUUUAUUGGGCGUGAACAGAAACCUGAAAUGACCUGGCCAUUUCCUUUUGUGGAGGGCAGAUUGUUUAUCCUGACCUUGCGUGCUGGUGUUGAUGGAUACCAUAUUAGUGCUGGGGGCCGGCAUGUGACCUCAUUUCCAUAUCGUCCGGGAUUUACCCUCGAAGACGCAACGGGAUUAGCAAUCAAAGGAGAUGUGGAUGUUCAUUCAAUUUUUGCCACUUCUCUGCCCAGCUCUCAUCCAAGCUUCUCUCCUCAACGAGUACUGGAAAUGUCAGAGAAGUGGAAAGCUCAUCCUUUACCAAAGAGUCCAAUUCGACUUUUUAUUGGCAUCCUAUCAGCUACAAAUCACUUUGCAGAACGCAUGGCAGUUAGAAAAACUUGGAUGCAAUCAUCAGUAAUCAAGUCUUCGAAUGUUGUUGCUCGUUUUUUUGUUGCUCUGAAUCCAAGGAAGGAGGUGAAUGCAGUUCUAAAAAAGGAGGCAGCGUACUUUGGUGAUAUUGUGAUUUUGCCAUUUAUGGAUCGAUAUGAGCUUGUUGUUCUUAAAACUAUUGCAAUUUGUGAGUUUGGGGUUCAAAAUGUUUCAGCUGCAUACAUUAUGAAAUGUGAUGAUGAUACAUUUGUUAGGGUGGAAACCGUCUUGAAAGAAAUUGAUCGUACCUCUCCCUAUAAGUCUCUUUAUAUGGGCAAUCUCAAUCUCUUACAUCGUCCUCUAAGACAUGGCAAAUGGGCAGUUACUUUUGAGGAAUGGCCUGAAGAAGUAUAUCCUCCUUAUGCCAAUGGACCUGGAUAUGUAAUUUCUGCUGAUAUUGCUAAAUUUGUCAUUGCUCAACAUAACAAACAAAGCCUGAGGCUCUUCAAGAUGGAAGAUGUGAGUAUGGGAAUGUGGGUUGAACAAUUUAACAGCUCCGCCUCUGUCCAGUACUCCCACAGCUGGAAAUUCUGUCAAUAUGGAUGCAUCGAGAACUAUUAUACUGCACAUUACCAAUCCCCAAGGCAGAUGAUGUGUCUUUGGGACAAGUUGGCGAGAGAUGUCUGCAAGGAGCCUUUAGAUGAUGGCGGCAGCCUUGAUUUUGGAAGAACAGACUGUUUUCAUAUUGUAAUUGAAAUGGCUUAUAGGUUUGGAAACGUUAGAAACGUUCAGGCGGAUAUCAGCAGCAUAAAGUUCAACCGGGUGUCAUCAAUAUCCGGUUGA